GCGCCUGCGCCGCGGACGGUGGCGGAAGGCUGCGGGCGGCGGCCCUGGUGGCGGUGCCGGGCGGGGCGGGGGUCGCGCCGCGGGCCGGGGCAGCAGCAAGAUGUUGCCAACCACAUUGGUUAAUUCUGGGAGCCAGGGCAAUGGUGURCUGAGCCCCAGAGAUGCUGCAAGGCACACAGCCGGAGCGAAACGCUACAAGUACCUGCGGAGGCUCUUCCACUUCCGACAGAUGGACUUCGAGUUUGCGCUUUGGCAGAUGCUUUACCUGUUCACUUCACCGCAGAGGGUUUAUAGGAACUUUCACUACAGAAAACAGACAAAGGACCAGUGGGCGAGAGAUGAUCCCGCUUUCCUCGUGCUGCUCAGUAUCUGGCUUUGUGUGUCUACCGUAGGGUUUGGAUUUGUACUGGACAUGGGAUUUUUUGAAACAAUAAAACUGCUACUUUGGGUUGUAUUCAUAGACUGCGUGGGCGUUGGSCUCCUGAUUGCAACUCUAAUGUGGUUCAUUUCAAAUAAAUACUUAGUGAAGCAGCCGAACAGAGAUUAUGAUGUGGAGUGGGGAUAUGCCUUUGAUGUGCAUCUGAAUGCUUUCUACCCACUUCUAGUCAUUCUGCAUUUUAUCCAGCUGUUCUUCAUCAACUAUGUCAUCAUAUCUGAUUCUGUCAUUGGAUAUUUUGUUGGGAAUACAUUAUGGCUGAUUGCAAUCGGCUAUUACAUCUACGUGACAUUCCUAGGAUACAGUGCAUUGCCCUUUUUGAAGAACACAGCUAUUCUUUUGUAUCCAUUUGCACUUCUCAUCAUGCUCUAUUUGAUCUCAUUAGCUUGUGGAUGGAACUUCACCAAGAUGCUUUGUUCCUUUUAUAAAUACAGAGUGAAAUAAAACCAGGACUUCAUGUAUGUAAUGUUUAUUUUGUUUCUACUUCAGCCAUUUUGACAGUAAAGAAAAAGUUAAGAACGUUUUGUAAAUG